CUCUUCGUAUACACACAUAUUCUUCUCUCUAUCUACACAUUCUGCUGCAUUACUGUCCAAUCAGGGCACAGGCUGAUGGAUGACAAAAAAUAGAUGCAACUGCUAGCUGAUCACAUUUGAGCUUAGCUGGCCAGUAUCAUGGCAGUGCCAUCUCAUCCAGCAGCAGUAACAGAGAUGCCCGCCCUACAACGGAAACAUACAGAUUAUUAGGUAGCACAUUGUGUUCAGACAACCAUCAUCCAAACCACGACGAAAGCGAUUAGGCUGCUAACAACCGAGGGUUGAUGAGAUCUGAUCCAUGUCACCAUUAAACAUUUUAAAUGGCCAGCCAGGUAGACCCAACUCCUACCAGAUGCGCAAUGCCAGACGCCCAGACCCCACAGGCCAAGCAUGUCUGUCCCAACUCCCAUCCAGGUACAACACUACAACAGCAUCUGGAGCACCCAACAUGCAAGAUCCAGCAGCAACACAAAUUGAGGACAUGCAAUCUGUGGAACCUCCUGAGAGCUUGAUUGACGGUGCAGAUUACACCGGGUGUUCCUACUCUGCAGAUCGAGGAGCCAUGUGGUGCCGGUCCCUGACGAUUACGUUCACCAUUAUGCUGUUGGUGUGGCAUCUGGUUGCAGCGGUGACAGUUGAAGCGGCAGAUCACUGCGCGUUCAGUCUCCUGACAAUGUACUUGCUUCGUGCUGCUGGCAUCUUGCUGCCAUUCUACGUUGUCAUGCGGCUGAUUCGUAUGGUCCAGAGGGGGCAGCAGCAAUAUCGCUUGCAGAUGCUGGAGGACCAAAGAAGAAAUGCAUCAACUAUGAAUCAUAUGCAUGGCCAGGAGGAGCAGCAGCUAGUGAUUAGUAUUCAUUAAGCCAAAGAAUUUAACAAAUCAAAUAUAGAAGGUUGCGCAGAUGUACAUUAUGUACUGCUGGGGAACAAUUUUCAAACAGAACAUCAUUUGUAAGCUUCCAGUCUCGAAGUUGUAGGUGAAAGCAGCAGCACUUUCUCCCCAACAUUUAUGUAUUGCUGGGAAAUAUGUUCAAACAGAACAUCAUUGUAAACCUUCAAUACAAAUAUAAGCUCAAAUAAGGGGAGGAUAAAACGAAAUCAAGUCGACAUACUCAUGCUUA